AUGAGGAAGAAGCCAGGGGGACCAGGAUCGUACGCCCAGAAGCAGCAACAAGAAGAUCCCUGCCAAACAAAGUCCCGAGUGGUGGGCGACAUAGAAUACUGCGAUCGUUACUGGGAAUGCGUGAAUGGCCGCCCGGAGCUGUUUGACUGUCCAAAUGGUCUGGUCUUCGCUGGAAAACAUCGCGGCGUGACGGAGGGUUGCGAUUAUCCUUGGAGGGCGAACUAUUGCGACGCGAAACGUCAGGCAAAUCCGCCAAUUCCCGCGGACCAUUGCGACUGGCUUUAUGGUAUAUUCGGCCACGAAACGUCCUGCACCAGGUACUGGACCUGCUGGAACGGAACUGCGACCGAGCAACUUUGCAUAGGUGGACUUCUGUACAACGAGAGAGCCAGGUCCUGCGACUGGCCUGAGAACGUCGAAGGAUGCCAGAAGCAUCCUCUCUGCAACGACGACGCGAACGGCAACGUCCCUCUGGGCAAGUCCUGCAACCGUUACUGGCAAUGUCAAGGCGGCUAUCCACGGCUCCAGAGGUGUCCAGCGAUGCUGGUGUUCGAUCGAAGGUCGCUCAGGUGCGUGGUCCCGCCCACGGAGGACUGCGACGUGCCCACGACGCCCCCGAACCUCGACGGCGACCUUCCGGACGGUCGAAACGAACAGGAACCGGAAGAAGAAAAUCUACCGCCAGGUGUACCGCCACUGCCAGCAGGAGCACUGCCGAUUGCUCUUCGAGCUCGUCCCAGAAACUAG